UUCGCGCCUUUCCUUUUGCUGUUCAUACGAAACGAACGUCAAAAGUUUCAAUGGAAAAGAAUAGGGCGAAUGUAAAUAUUCUGCGAUAAACAACGGUUGACGAGCGGACCGGUAAGAGAGCAUUAUGCGACGUCAAAUUGCCGCAUGACGCCCGAUACAUUAUUCCUCGGAUGAUAUAAAGAAACAAGUCUGGAAAUUUAAGAAUUAACACCAGCAAAAUACGACAUUGUGCAGCAAUCGUUAUUAAGAACAGAUAGAGAAAAAAGUGAAAACGGUCUGAAAUAUCCAGGGAAAGGAUAUAUACACAAAACAUGGCAGAAUUUCUCUCAGCGUUGAAUGGAUUUUAUCAAAAUAUCGGCAGCGGAGAUGACAACGACACACAAUCUGAAUCGACAGAAUGCAAGUCAAAGAUACCGACCCAGGCGUUUCACUUCUACUUGACGAUGCCGUCUGUGGCCAUGAUGCUACUGUUGGCGUGCACAAUUUCAAGAAAGAACAGAUGGUUGUCAUGUCUGUGGGGAAGGCCAGGAGCGGUAUUUCCAAUGGAUAUCCUGGGCAAAUCACACAGAUUUUCAUACGCUGCAGCUUGGGGUUCCAUUGCGUUUCUCGCCGCUGAUUUGGUGUUUGGGUCCACGGUUAUUAUAAAACUUGAGGGACCAUCGUAUGUUACAGUUUUCAAUACAGUAUUGUCGAUGAUUGUAAUUGGAGUAGACUAUUUCCCAAUGUUUGCCGCCCUCUCACUGGAAUCUGUUAUCGGGUACAUGGUAGGGACGGCCUAUGCAUGGCUGCUACUGGGUAUCCAAAUCUUCCGGGAGAUCGAGUGUGACUUGGUCAUUGAAACACGUCUAAUACUUAUUCUCCGAGACCUUCCAAAUCUAUUGUGCCUUACCUACCUGUCUAUAAGCCUUCCAAUACGGUUAAUCCAGUCGUUACGGAAAAAGUCAAUACGGAUUAUAUCCUCAUCUGAGAUGGUGUCCAUACUCAACAUGGACAAAGAAGCAGAUUUGUCACCGGAAGCUAUACAUGUGAAACGACUUCUUAGACCCGUACCACCGCCACCUCCACCACCGUCAACACUUGGAGGAAAACUGAUGGGUAUUGUUAAGGCGUUCGUGAGUGACUGGAUAUACCACAAUACACCGAAGUUUAGAUAUUCUGCGAGAGUACUCUCUGUGAUGCUGAUUGGUGUCAUGUUGAUAUAUAAGGUAACACUGGAGGUUAUGACACUUGUUAUCUCCAUACUUGCGCUUGUUGAGAGGGGUCUGCAGUUGACAUUAAACGUUAUUGGAUGGGUAGCAGAACCAGGAGAGGAAUCCCAUAUUUCAGAAAUACGUGAUUAUACCUACCUGAUGUAUUAUCUACUCGAAAAUGGUAGAAUUUGUUUUAUUGUUGCACUGUCGUUGGCUUGUGUAGGAGGCAUUCUGGGUAUUCUGCACAUGCUGUCCUCCUACAGGACAAAUUUAUUUGACCUGUAUAAAGGUGACAAUACACAUAUUCCGCAUAGGUCUACUAGAUCAAAUGCUUCACUUUUGGUUGGAAGUAUGCGAUAUGCCGGAUACCAGGUGGCGUACAUUGGUUGGGGUUUGGUUUUGCAUUUCAUUAUACUGUUGGUCAUUGCGCUUGCAUUGUGCGUUCUGAUCACACUGAUCAUCAAUGGAUACUACAAGUGGCUGUUGACCGUCCUAAUGAAUGCCUGGCCAGCAGUAUUGAUGACAAUUAUAAUCUUGAUGACACAGACACUCUUGUCUAAGUUUGCAUUUCUCCAGGGAAGAGGAGAAUUUUUGGCAAUCAACAACAGACGUGUGUUGUUCAGUUUCACAUUCUUCAUGUUCUUCUACAAUAUUUUUGUCGGUUUCUUGUCCUGUCUGUUGAGAAUCAUUAAAUCUAUUGUGAUUGGAGCAAUAUUUCUACCUCGUCUAGACAACAGUGCCUUGCCACGGCGCUUUCAAAUGUUCGAUCCUGGUUUUGCAAAUUACUGUGGUUUCAUUCAUGUGGAAUGCGCUCACACUCAUCCUGUUUUGGUGAUGUUCCUACGAAUUCUACUGAUUUUCAAUGAAGAAAACAAGUCCAAAAAGUCUGUAGACGAAAACCAUACUGCUGUGGACAUCAACGGCAAAGAGAAAAUACCACUCAAAUCUAAACCUGUUAAUCCAAGGGCUAGAGCAAGAUGGUUUUUGAUCUACACAUUGCAAAGUAAUCCAUCGUUGAGGGUAUACAGGAAAAGCUAUAUACAGUAUAUGAAAAUGUGGCAAGAACGUUUGGCAAGGCAUUAUAAAAUUGACAAAAGUACCAUGGGAAAUCUUGUAGGAGCGAUGAACAAUGCUUUUGUGAAUGACGGUAAAGCCGAUAUUGAUGACAUUUCUGUUGAAGUUAGUAACGGUGGCGUAAAUGCCGCACAGGCAAACUGGAAUGCCUUGUUCGGUAUGAGUAAGUUACUACAGCAGAUACAGAGAGACAUGGCUGAGAGGAAAGGGGCAUUCUCAGAGGAAGCUGAUAGACAGGCAGAAAUGCAGGAAGCUGGAAAUACAGACACAGGAACAAAUGUAUUUGUAAAAACUCCUAAAAAUAUGUGGAAGAGGGCGGCACAUUCCGCACUUACGACGAAGACAAAUGUGCCAAGUACAGAUUUAUAAUUAAUGAACGCGUAGUUCAAAUUAUAGUUUAAGACGUCUAAGGAUAGUUUGUACAUUGUUAUGCAAUGAAAUCUAGAACAAAGACGCUUAUACCAACUUUCAAAACAACUUUAUGUAACGAGACGAAGAAAGUUUCUGUAAAUAUGGUAUGUGUGUGUUAUUUAUAACAGGAAAACAUACUCAUAAAAUUACACAAAUAAAAUCUGAUGCCCUCGGUACUGUGGUGAGUAUUGACUGGUCAUAUGGUAUGGACAAGUAGUAAUAUAAUGAUUCUAAAUGUGCGACAUAACGAUACACCGGUGAUUAUGCAUGAAAGAAACUGAUUUCACUUUUAUUAUAAUGUAAUAUAGGGUGGCCUGGUUGUCUAGUGGUAACGCCAUUGAAUGUGAGUACAGAAGUCUGGCGUUCGAAUCCCAGUCCGGGCAUUACAUUUUUUUAGUGUCUCUCUCCUGACUAAUAGCCCAGUACUGGUUCUUCCCUGGAAAUACAGUUUCGCGUGACACUGUAUCGGUUCUAUACACUAGGCACGUUAAACGAAUAGGGCUGUCUAUUCGCAAAGAGCUAGGCUAAGUUAGCCGAACAAAUAUUUAUCUUCUGGAUUUCUAUCUCUCUGUUCUGGAGGUUUCCCUUGCUUUGUCCCUCUGUUCAGAUCACACUGUGUCUGUACUAGUAGAGGAUAUAACUGGCGCCCUGAGAGGCUGCCUUUGUGCUAUGUAAACCACCUUUGAACAUGUUUAUCAUCAAAAGGGCGCUAUAUAGAUAUUGUAUAAUUACAUAUAAUUCUUAUAGUUUCUUCCGAUUUUACUCUACCAAUUGUAUGUAGAUUAUGAUCUUUGCGUGUUUUAGGCGUUUUAUGUACCUUAUCUGUUUUUAGUUUUAAAACGUACACUUUAUUAUUGAUUUGUAUAUUUUUUUCGUAAAUGGACCGCAUGUAUGUUGGUGUUAUGAAGUACUUUAACGAACUUGUGCGCGAACGAUUUUGUCCGUAAUCUUGUUAUGUCUCCAACUAAUGUAAUGUUAUUUAUACAAUGAUUUCCUUUGGACUUGUUAUUAAGCUAAUGUGGUCGUAUUGGCCCAAGGCAGAAAAUGUGACUGUCAAAAGACAAGUCAUAAGAUCAAUAUGAACUCACUAGAUUAAUAAUAAUUUUAUCAUUCAUCCCUAUAUUGACCCGCACUUGAACAAGUUAAAAGGUUUGAAUCCCGUAUAUGACCUAUUUUUGACAUAUUGGCCCUAGCAUUUUCUUAUUGGGCCUAAUUUCUCAUAUAAACUUAGUUGAGUUUGGUAUCGACUCAGUCUGCAUCAUAUGAUAUGAACAAUUUAUCUAAUAUUGUGUCCAGUAUUGCAUAAUUGAUUAAAAAUAAUAUUUAUGGGGAAAUUAAAAACAUACCAUGCACAUAUUUCAACGUGAGAUAUUUACUUAAGAUGUUGAAAGUUCUUAUCAGAUGUAUUUUGGUCAAAUACACAAACUACCUUUGUGUUCAAAACGGCAUUCACAAUUAACACUUAGCCUGCUAAAUUUCUAAAAUGGACUGUUCCAUCAUUCAAUUUGGGCAGUACCACUUGUUAUUCAAAGAGGUGUUCACUGAAAAUUUACCGACUGAAUAGCGAACAGUGCAGACCAUUAUCAGCAUGCACAUAUGUGCAGGCUGAUUUUGGACUGCACUGAUCGCAAAGGCAGAAUCACUUUCCGCCAUCAUGCUAAAUGUUAAAUGUCAUUUACAAGUGUUAUCAGUCACUUGUUAAAAUAACUGCUAAUUCUUUGUGGUAGUACAAAAUACUUUUCUGUGUAUAUUGUGUUGACAUAGAUGAUCUAUAGAAAUUGUUUAGGUCUUUUUUUCAAAUAUAAAAUCAGGGUCUAAUACAACCUUAAAUAUUCAUUAACAACAUGCCUUUCGAAAAUGGCGUAGUUACCUAAGAAGUUACAUGUUCAUAGUUCACAUAUCGUACGAUAAUAAAAUACAUUCUACUUUUAUAUUCCAAAGGAAAUUCUUUGGUUGAUCAUGACUUAUAUCUGAAAAGAAAUGUGCGUAUGUAGAAAAUCACAGAUAUGGUAAUGUUAUUCGACGCCGCCCUGAAGGCGGUGUCGAGUAUAUGGGAUACACUUUUAGGCUGAACACCACUAAAUCCAGCUGUUCUUUAUUUCAUAUAAAAUCCACUCACUUCAUAACGGUGUUUCGACAUUUUCUAGCAUAUCAGAUUUUCAGAGACUUAUAUUCCCAUAAAGAACUAGAUCGCUACUUUAGAAAAACAAAAAGAAAAGGGGGUGUUAACUUUUAUAUAAAAAAACUACAGUUCGUUAAAUACAACCCGCUGAAUUUACUACUUUUCGCUUCUUUCAAUUUCUCUUUUCGUGACAUUAAAUUCUUACGCCGCCAUUUUUAUCUAGCAUGCGAUAGGAACAUGCCGAUUUCAUUAGAAUGCAAAGUGAUACAUACUGAAACGCGGUAGGGUAAAAGUAAGCACGUUGCUGCCGAGAAAAUGCACUAGGAAAGGAAAAAAGAUUAGUACUAUUUAUAUUUGGACUACUUGUGACUAGACCUGCGGAGGCUUACAUUCUAUUUGGUAGUGAUCAGCCUAUAAGAGAAAAUUUUUGUUUGAUUUUUCCAUGAAUUUGCAUUCAUUCUCAAGGUACACCUAUUUCACAAUGAUUCUGCUUUGUUUUGGUGCAAAAUAUUGAGAAAAUGUAGAGAAAUGACAAUUCAUUACAGGUCACUCCCAUCCCCAAAAAUAUGCAAAAUUUAGCCCUGUGCAAGCAAUAUUUCAAUUAAUUUUACCUUAUUCGUGGAAUUUACAUUUAACAUCCAUUUAAUCGUUACGAUGUUUGUCAUUUUCAUUCAGAAACAUGCUAAUUUCAAUAUUAUUUAGACAACUGAAGUGCUAAAAUGCGAGAAAAGACAUUUACUAGGUCCUAAAACGAACCAAAAUAGUGCCACCUGGUCGAAAAUUCGAUCUAAAUUCCAAAAACACAAGGAAUUUAAGCGUUUUCGGCCAUUUGUUAUCGUUUUACAUCAUAAAGAAUAGAUUAAUGGCAUUUCCAUUCAUUUUCGAGGGGUUUCAGAAAAUAACAUGUAUUGCCCCUUAUAGGCUGAACACCACUAAAUCCAGCUGUUCUUUAUUUCAUAUAAAAUCCACUCACUUCAUAACGGUGUUUCGACAUUUUCUAGCAUAUCAGAUUUUCAGAGACUUAUAUUCCCAUAAAGAACUAGAUCGCUACUUUAGAAAAACAAAAAGAAAAGGGGGUGUUAACUUUUAUAUAAAAAAACUACAGUUCGUUAAAUACAACCCGCUGAAUUUACUACUUUUCGCUUCUUUCAAUUUCUCUUUUCGUGACAUUAAAUUCUUACGCAGCCAUUUUUAUCUAGCAUGCGAUAGGAACAUGCCGAUUUCAUUAGAAUGCAAAGUGAUACAUACUGAAACGCGGUAGGGUAAAAGUAAGCACGUUGCUGCCGAGAAAAUGCACUAGGAAAGGAAAAAAGAUUAGUACUAUUUAUAUUUGGACUACUUGUGACUAGACCUGCGGAGGCUUACAUUCUAUUUGGUAGUGAUCAGCCUUUAUUUCGGACCCUGUAAAGAUGGUAAUGAAUAGUUUCGGAGUAAUAAACUGAACACAGUGAAUAGUUUGUAAAAGGAUCAACGAUAUUGCACAAUGCAUUUUAGUGAAUAAACAAAAAAUGGCAAAAAGAAAACAUAAAAAAUGUAUGUAAUGCAACUUAUUAUGUGAUUUAAAACAAUGCUAUCUGUCUAUCCUCUCCUUAUUUGUAGAGCAGAACAUAUUUUUUUAUUUACAAUUUCGUCAAAAAUGUUGAUCCGAUUUAUUGAUAAGGGAGGUUACUCUGUAAGUCAAGUUUUCUAUUUCUAUUCUUAGCAUGACCUACUUACCUAUCUCAUUUUCUAUAAAUAGAACACACGGCAGAUAUAUCAUACUGUAAAGCGUGAAUCGCCUGGACAAGGGAGCGUUCGUAUAUUUUACAACUUCGAAGAGAAUAUUAAAAAAAAAAAUAUAUGGAAAAUUACAUUUGCCUGCAUAAAAAUUCCUUGGAAAAAAAAAACGUAUUUACAAAGUAAAUAAAAGAAUCAAUAAGCAUAGAUAUGCCGCUGUUAACUUAUUUUUAACCUUUUUGUCUUAUUUUCUUUGUUGAUAGGUACAGUGAUGUAAUUUCAGAAUGCGCACACUUUUGCAAAUUCCUAUUUCUAUUUGUUUUUUUGUUUGUUUGUUUUUUUUCUUUCUUUUUUUUUUUGCUUAUGUGUCAUAUAGAUCUACUCAUUGUUUACAGAUAUACACUGUCAACUAAGGUGUGCAAUAGGCUAAAGAGCACUUGGCUGAAUUUGUCAGUGACAAGUUAAUACUUCUUUAAAUGUGGUUAGAUCGAAAUAUCAAAAGCCAUGGGACCAUAACUUAUCAAAGCAUCAGUGACUUUAAAAUAGAAUUCCUUGUUGAAUUUAUAUUUUCAGUGAUUUUAUAUGACUAGUCAGUUGCUCUGGUUUUAUUAUAUCUUGUUACUUGCUUCUUUUUUUUUCUUUUUUUUUCUUUUUAACUUAAUAGAUAGUUUUUGUAUUUGUCCAUUCCUGACAAAAAAAGAUCAAAUAAAACAAAAACAAAAAAACAUUUUCGUUGAAAUAUUUUCUACACUUUGGCAGUGGGUUAUUAUGCUUUCUAAAUUUCUUGUAAUAUUAGAUUUGAACUAGACACUGACAUACUCCUAGUAACCUUACAGUUCAACGAGGACUUCAGGUUUAUCGUUCAUCCGAAAAAAAAGAGAAUUCUAUGAUAUUCCAAAAGUACAUAAGAAAGAGUCAUGCUUUGUGAAUAGGGGCAAUAUAGAGAUUAUUUAUGUUAUAUCAUUCUUUUCUUGGACAAAAUAUUUGAUUGUUUUUGUCAAGGGAAACAGUAAAUUGAUGUGUAUAAUCUGCAUUCUGAAAUCUAUAAUGUAGGUGACUAAGGUCCAUAAAACUUCAUCAGUAAAUAGAAAACACUCAUUACAUUACAUGAUAAUAAAAAUAAUGGUUUCUGUGAACCACAACUUUGAAAUAAUUUCAACAUUUCCUCAUUUCCCAACAAACUGCAUUUCUGUGAAACAUCAUACACACGCUCCUGCAUAUAAGAACUUUUCACAGGAGAUGACCUUAGUUAGUGAAAUAAUUACAUUAAUUUUGUAUGUAAAGGGACCACCUACUCGCAAUGUUAAUGUCAUUGCAGGUAGAGGAUUUGUAUUGCAUGGUAAAACUUUUCUAUCAUGUUUAUUCUUCAUGUUUUAAACAGUUUAUAACAUAUAUUGUUUUAUGUGCUAAUGUUGAUAACUUGUAGCCAGUCAGACUAAUAAAAACAAAGAAAAAUAUCAAACAGGGAAUGCCACGCACCAAAAGCGCAGCCUCCUCAAAACGAACCCCCCAGCACGCAAACGCGUGCACCACACACACACACACACACACACACACACACACACUCAAAGCUUACACAUCAGGACAAAACGAACAACACACACACACACACUCAAAGCCAACACAUAAGGACAAGACGAACACUAAGCAUACACACACGCGCGCACACAAAGUCAACACACAAGGACAAAACGAACAAACAAAGGAACACAGUGGGGCACCGCCUUGGAACGGUCAGUGGCAAAAACACCACUGGGGAGCUUAAACCGGUUUAAUAAAGUAAUGAUUAGGUGAUUUCUCAUAUUGCAAUAAAUGUACUUCAGACACAACACUUGGCGGCGUCUUUGAUGCUUGCAUCAAUGAAUUUCCUUGUUGGUAAAUUGUAUAGUAGUCGCAACUUGACCGCGAUGGUUGACCUUGGGCUGAUUAUUCAUAUCGAUGAUUUCAUUACAGAAAUCAAGGUUGCUUAGGUUAGCCGUGUAUAUUUAUAUGGAAUUAUUUUGUAUACAGCGCAGUAUCAAAGUACUUACAUUUGAUCAGUUAAAAUCUCCCAAUACACUAAUUUAUAUUUACACAAAUUUAUAUUUCCUAUUUCUCGUGCAGCUCGUGUUUUACGUACACUCCUUUUCAAUAAUAGGUUGUGCCUCAUUAUGUAUUAUAAUGCAAAGGUCAACCAUCGGGGUCAAGUUGCGUCCACUAUAGAUGUAGUAACAUAACACUGAAAUACGUCUAUAUUUCAUAUUAUCCUUGUUGUAUUUUGAAGAUAACAAGUCAUGGUGGAUCAUAUGAAAUUACAUUUCAAAUACAACUGUAUGGAUAUUUUUAAUUUUGGAUCGGAUAUUCCUUGUUUUUAUGGUGUAUCAGUGCUUGUACUUGUUAAUAUAUUUUUUUAGCUCACCUGUCACGAAGUGACAAGGUGAGCUUUUGUGAUCGCGCAGCGUCCGUCGUCCGUCGUCCGUGCGUGCGUGCGUCCGUGCGUAAACUUUUCCUUGUGACAUCUCUAGAGGUCACAGUUUUCAUGGGAUCUUUAUGAAAAUGGGUAAGAAUGUUCAUCUUGGUAAAUUCUAGGUCAAGUUUGAAACUGGGUCACGUGCCAUCGAAAACUAGGUCAGUAGGUCUAAAAAUAGAAAAACCUUGUGACCUCUCAAGAGGCCAUAUAUUUCUCAAGAUCUUCAUGAAAAUUGGUCGGAAUGUUCACCUUGAUGAUAUCUAGAUCAAGUUUGAAACUGGGUCACGUGCCAUCAUAAACUAGGUCAGUAGGUCUAAAAAUAGAAAAACCUUGUGACCUCUCUAGAGGCCAUAUAUUUCAUAAGAUCUUCAUGAAAGUUGGUCAGAAUGUUCAUCUUGAUGAUAUCUAGGCCAAGUUCGAAACUGGGUCACGUGGCUUCAAAAACUAGGUCAGUAGGUCUAAAAAUAGAAAAACCUUGUGACCUCUCUAGAGGCCAUAUAUUUCGAAAGAUCUUCAUGAAAAUUGGUCAGAACGUUCACCUUGAUGAUAUCUAGGUCAAGUUCGAAACUGGGUCACAUGCUAUCAAAAACUAGGUCAGUAGGUCAAAUAAAUGAAAAACCUUGUGACCUCUCUAAAGGCCAUAUUUUUCAUGGGAUCUGUAUGAAAGUUGGUCUGAAUGUUCAUCUUGAUGAUAUCUAUGUCAAGUUCGAAACUGGGUCACGUGCGGUCAAAAACUAGGUCAGUAGUCUAAAAAUAGAAAAACCUUGUGACCUCACUAGAGGCCAUAUAUUUCAUGAGAUUUUCAUGAAAAUUGGUCAGAAUGUUCACCUUGAUGAUAUCUAGGUCAAGUUUGAAAGUGGGUCACGUGCCUUCAAAAACUAGGUCAGUAGGUCAAAUAAUAGAAAAACCUUGUGACCUCUCUAGAGGCCAUAUUUUUCAUGGGAUCUGUAUGAAAUUUGGUCUGAAUGUUCAUCUUGAUGAUAUCUAGGUCAAGUCCGAAACUGGGUCACAUGCGGUCAAAAACUAGGUCAGUAGGUCUAAAAAUAGAAAAACCUUGUGACCUCUCUAAAGGCCAUAUAUUUCAGGAGAUCUUCAUGAAAAUUGGUCGGAAUGUUCACCUUGAUGAUAUCUAGGUCAAAUUUGAAAGUGGGUCACGUGCCGUCAAAAACUAGGUCAGUAGGUCAAAUAAUAGUAAAACCUUGUGACCUCUCUAGAGGCCAUAUUUUUCAUGGGAUCUGUAUGAAAGUUGGUCUGAAUGUUCAUCUUGAUGAUACCUAGGUCAAGUUUGAAAUUGGGUCACGUGCCAUCAAAAACUAGGUCAGUUGGUCAAAUAAUAGAAAAACUUUGUGACAUCUCUAAAGGCCAUAUUUUUCAUGGGAUCUGUAUGAAAUUUGGUCUGAGUGUUCAUCUUGAUGAUAUCUAGGUCAAGUUCGAUACAGGGUUAUGUGCGGUCAAAAACUAGGUCAGUAGGUCUAAAAAUAGAAAAACCUUGUGACCUCUCUGGAGGCCAUACUUGUGAAUGGAUCUCGAUAAAAAUUGGUCAGAAUAUUCAUCUUGAUGAUAUCUAGGUCAAGUUCGAAAGUGGGUUACGUGCCAUCUAAAAAGUAGGUCAGUAGGUCAAAUAAUGGAAAAACGUUGUGACCUUUCUAGAGGCCAUAUUUUUGAUGGGAUCUGUAUGAAAGUUGGUCUGAAUGUUUAUCUUGAUGAUAUAUAGGUCAAGUUUGAAACUGGGUCAACUGCGAUCAAAAACUAGGCCAGUAGGUCUUGAAAUAGAAAAACCUUGUGACCUCUCUAGAGGCCAUACCAUUGAAUGGAUCUUCAUGACAAUUGGUCAGAAUGUUCACCUUGAUGGUAUCUAGGUCAAGUUUGAAACUUGGUCACGUGCCUUAUAAAACUAGGUCAGUAGGUCAAAUGAUAAAAAAACCUUGCGACCUCUCUAGAGGCCAUACUUUUCAUGGGAUCUGUAUGAAAGUUGGUCUGAAUGUUCAUCUUGAUGAUACUCGGUCAAGUUUGAAACUGGAUCAACUGCGGUCAAAAACUAGGUCAGUAGGCCUAAAAUUAUUAAAAUCUUUUGACCUCUCUAGAGGCUAUAUUUUUCAAUGGAUCUUCAUGAAAAUUGAUCUGAGUGUUCACAUUGAUGAUAUCUAGGUCAGUUUCGAAACUGGGUCACGUGCGGUCAAAAACUAGGCCAGUAGGUAUAAAAAUAGAAAAACCUUGUGACCUCUCUAGAGGCCAUAUUUUUCAUGAGAUCUUCAUGAAAAUUAGUGAGAAUGUUCACCUUGAUGAUAUCUAGGUAAUGUUCAAAACAGGGUCACGUACCUUCGAAAACUAGGUCAAUAGGUCAAAUAAUAGAAAAACCUUGUGACCUCUCUAGAGACCAUAUUUAAAUGGAUCUUCAUGAAAAUUGGUCAGAAUUUUUAUCUUGAUUAUACCUAGGUCAAAUUCAAAACUGGGUCACAUGAUCUCAAAAACUAGGUCACUAUGUCAAAUAAUAGAAAAAAACGAUGUCAUACUCAAAACUGGGUCAUGUGGGAAGAGGUGAGCGAUUCAGGACCAUCAUGGUCCUCUUGUUUGUUUAUUUUAUUGUUAGAUAUUAGUUUUUAGUAUUGAAUGUGUUCUUUUUAAUUUUUAAUACAUUUUAAGUAAGUGUUCGACCUAACAGUAGUUUAUUUGGUAAUACAUGUACUUUCCUGCAGUUACAGUUUUUACUUUGUGUAUCUGUUUAAAAAGUUAAGAGUAAUUAAACUGAAACAUUGUUGAUAUUAUUUUUAUACACAUGAAUUAAAAACACACGUUCAAAUCUGAUGAUAUAUAUUUUUAUAUGUAGCUUAUAUGAUUAAGACGUAUUCAUCUUUUAUCUGUUUGUCUACAAUCAAAAGUACUAUAUAAAAUAACGCUGUAUCGAAUUUCUUUGCAAUAAUACCAUGAACAGACGUGAUCAAACAGUUUCCUGUUUUGCUUGGUUGCGAGUAGUAUACUUCGGACAGUUGGACAGAAUGCCUCCGAGGCUCCGAGGAUAUCACUUGACCCCAUGACGUCAUCGCGUGGGGGAGGGGCGGGGUUAAGGAUAUGACUCACUAAAGGAAAAACCCGUGACGUCAUAGCCCAACCCUAAUAUAGGACAAUAAGGGCAGCCGCACCUACCCAUGAGUCAUCGUGUUAAGGUCAAAGCCCAUCCCAACAUUCCGGACUCCAAUAAGGUGAGUCAAUCUGAAAUUCCCACGACAUCAUCAGCCACUCCCGUAACAUUUCGCUACAAGUCAACUUCUCUAUUUUAGCACGGGACUGACUCAACAUUCCUUAAAAGAUAAGGGUUUUGAAAUCAGUCGAAAGCUUAUUUGCUUUACUAAGGUCAGAUUGAUUUUUUCAAAAUACAGCGAUUUAAAUUUUUGAGCGAUAGGUCACUCUUAGAUAACGGCGAGAUGUUUACAAACAUUUAAAUAAAGACGACCGUUCGAAGUGACCUUAGCUACAAUGUCAACAGUGUAAUCAGUGUAGAAAUAAUAGCCACGCGUCCGUUGAACUUACAAAUUAGAUAACGGACAUAAAAGCAAACAUUCCAGUUCACAGUGAUAAAUUAAACAGCUUUUAUCACCACAAAUCGUGUAACACCAUUUCCCAUCGUUUACCUUUUGAUAACAACUAUCUCUCAUUGUAAUAUUUAAGCCUUUUCACAAUUGACUACUGAGCUUUCAAUCGGUUUCAAUUACACUGUGUGUGGUAAGACGGAACAUGAUCUCUUCUUAAAUAACUGGUGAAAAAAAGUCAACAAACUUUGUAAUUUUGAUGUUACUUUAUUUUCAUUUUUCAUACGUGAUAGCCUCGGAGCCUCGGAGGCAUUCUGCCCAACUGUCCGAAGUAUACUACUGUUGCGUUCUAUGCUUCCGAACUACUUUCGUAUCGAUAUCAUUUUGUACACGUGUUUUUCUUCUUUGACACAAUUUCUAGACAAUCAACUGUAUAUCUACAAAGCAGCAAAAUGAUAUUUCUCCAUAUAAAUAUAUAUUUUUGUUAAACAUUUUAUAUCCAUUUUAAAGCAUCUGUACAUUAAUGUUAAAUAAAUAUUUAUGAAAAUUUAA